AAUGACGUAAUUAUUUCAGAGAAUAUGCCUCUAACUGUAUAUUCUGAGGCUGGUUGUAACGGAACCUCUAAAGUUCUGAAGGAUAGUGAGGUUAACCUCGCCAAGGCAGGAGUCAAGUUUACUAUUCAGUCUGCUGUAGUGGAUGGAAAUCCCUGGAUAUUGUACACGGAGGAGAGAUAUCAAGGAUUUCUAGCUAUACUUGAAGAAGGAAGGUAUGAAGAUCUAUCUGUGCUGGGUGUACCAGCAGACAGCAAGGUCAGCUCUGUUAAACUCAAGAAGGAAUCCCUAGGAAACCCACAGAUAACACUCUUCAAUACUGCAACCUUUACAGAUGAAAGUAUUCCCUGGACUGUUCUUCUGGAUUCUACUGCUUCCAAGAUUAAAUGUAUCAGUGCUGGGGGAGCAGGGGUUUGGGCCGUUAAACAGGACUAUACGGUGAUGUAUAACGAAGGUACUGGGCACGGAGCUGAUGGACCUGGAUCAGCAUGGACUUCUGUUAUGGGGAAAAUGAGGCAGAUUUCUGUAGGAUCUCAGGUUGUGUGGGGUGUAAAUACAGCUGACGAGGUAUUUGUCAGGGUUGGGUUGAGUGCUGAUGAACCGAGAGGAAAAGAGUGGACUAAGAUUGACGGAAACAUGAAAACUGUCAGUGUUGGUCCUAAUGGAGUAUGUUGGGCUGUGGAUAAGAAGGAUACAGUCUGGAGAAGACUAGGAGCUAAGGAUUCUAACCCCAUAGGAACCAAGUGGCAAUCCGUAACAGGUCGUCUUUCUCAUAUAUCUGUCGGAGGUUCCGGAGUUUGGGGAAUAUCUCCUAAAAAUGAGGUUAUGUACCGUGAUCAAACCUAUGGGCUGCCAGGGGAUGGAGAGGGGUCAGGGUGGACCAAGGUUGACGGAAUGCUUGUAUCUGUAUGCAGCAGUAAUGACGGUGUAUGGGGUGUAUCAGCUAAUGGAGAACUAUGGUUUAGAGCUGGAUUAGACCAGGGUAAUCCAAUGGGAUUUAAUUGGUUCAAAGUUAGAACAGGAGCAGAGAAGAAUAUUGAGUGGAAAAUGGUAAAUUUAUCUUUAUAGUAACGCUCUUCGCUU